UUGCAAAAAAUAAAAUAAAAUGUUUUAUGAAAUGGAAACCUGAAUCAAAGGCUGAGAAUAAGUGUGGUUUUGCAGAUUGGGUGUGUGCUUCUGCUGUUUGAGUGUCAGCUUUCAGAAACUGUGUGACAAGGAAACAUUCUGUGUGUAAACAGAUGAAAAAAUAAAAACGUAAUAAUCCGAGAGCGACUUCCAGUGGUCAGCAAAUAAACUGUCCUGAAGAGACGUUCUACAGUAUAUCCCUGCAGGCACUCCAAUAAUAUUCCAGUGCACUAAACGAGUCAGGCUGCGUCUCAUUAUCAGGGGACUGAGUAUAUUUUUGGGCAUUGGGGAAUAAAAUCUGCAUCUUUCCAACUGCAAUGCACGUACUGUAGGCUAUGCAUAUGCAGGCUAUGUUAUUGACCACUGGCGGUGUGUUGAGCCGGGUUCUUCCUCGAGUAGCUACCGUGGGGCCGGUUCUGGUUCAGUGUCCGUGAUCACGUGAUUCUCGCCGCAGCCGAAGGAGAGCGACUCAAGGAGAACGUCUCUUUCGCGCACCUUUAUCUGACAGCAUGCAUUUCCCCGAGAGUGGGACAGUAUUCUGAAGGCAGUGCGUUACCCGCUCGUGUGUCACGCGUGAAUAUGCUGCGCUUUAUUCUGGACUGUCUGCGGCCGGCACGAGCGCGCGCUGCAGCCGCUGCCAGGGACACGGAGCUCGAGGCGCAGGUCAACCCUUCAGAUGAUAAUGAAAUCAAGGGUCUGCAGGAUGAGGUGCACAUGGAGCAGGAGACCCUUCAGACGGUCAAGGCCUUGUGCCGUAACACGCAGGAGACCGUGGAGAUGCUGGAGGACAGGAAGACACAGCUGAAGGAAGAACUGAAGAUGAUCUAUGACCUCCAGAAACAGGAGAGGGAAGUGCUGCAGUCGCUGCAGGAGGAGCAGCAGGAGCUGGAGCAGACCGUGCAGCAGUAUGAUGAGGAGCUGUGUGCCGCGGCUGAAGAUCUCCUGCAGCUCCAGCGGGAAGUGGCUUACGCCAAAGCACACGCAGAAAACCUGCAUCUACGGGUCACUCCGCUGCAGGACUUGUUCGAGGAGAUUAUACAGGUCACAGUUAAAAAUAAGCUGGCUGAGCUGGUCGCUGGCCUCAUAACCGGCGAAAGUUCAGUGGCUGAGAUGACAGAAGAAGCUUCUUGUGUCGGUUUGGACCAGGAGUUGGAGGAGCACAUGGAUGAUGUAGAAAGCGAGUGUAAUCAUGUCUACAGUGAGAAGAUCAAGUCCAAACCGGAAAGAGAGGAAGUGAAUGAUGUCCAGCAAGAGAACACUGUAGAGGAGCUCGAUAAAAUGCAGUGUUCAAUGGAGAACUUGAAGAGCAGUGGCUCAUCGUCUUUCACUGAGAUCACACUGACAGAGGUCAAAGAGGAGGAUGUUAUGUUCAGAUCAACCACUCCUCAGUCUGACUCUUCUGACAUGGAGAAGGAGGACUUUGAGAUUAUUAAUCCCAGUCAGACCACAAACAAACAGUUUGACUUCUUUCAUCCAAACCCCUUCACUGAUGGUGAUGUAUUUGGAGAGGACCACUUUCCAAAGGUUGAUGUAACAGAGCAAUUACCCAGGGACCCGUUUAAAGGCACAGACCCUUUCGCCUCUGACGCACUCUUGGUUAACAUGUCAGAAGAGAAGCAAUGUCAGGAUGACUUCAUCCCUGCAGAGAACAGUCUUCCAGAAACUGUACACUACCCUCUCCAAUCUGUCGUUAAAGACUACGGUACUUUUAACGCUCCCAUCAACUUGCCACCAGAUACUGAUAGAACACAGUCCACUGGAAAGCGUGACAGCGGUGUGUCCAUGUCCACCGAAAGCAGGAGUCUCAAAUCUUGCAGCGAUAAUGGGUCUGAGCUUGGGACAAACGCCACACCAGACCGAAAUCACGAUGCUGUGCAACCAGAUCUUUCAGUUGAAGCUGUAAGUCCUCAGUUCAAUGACGAGUGUGUCCAUGAAUCAGACUCUAGUCACAGUUCUACAGUGUUUAAUUCCUUCGAUGCCGAUUCCAAUGUCUUCGCUGAAGAGGAGGAGGACAGGCUUGACGUUCAGACUGGAUCGGGUUUAAUUAAAAGAGCUAACUCACUGUGUGGUCUGCAGAGCAUCAUUGCAGGGUCCUAUACUGGGUUUCCUCUAAGUCCAUGUGACCCUGAUCCACUCCCAGGCAAUUUCCAGAAGACCUUUGAACAUCAUAUUAUCGCUUCUGAACAAAAUGCUGUGAAUGACAAAGAACUCAUAAAAACUGAGAGUUUAUCUCCAGAUGAUAGUCCAGGUCCUCUGUGUGAACAGCUGCAUGAUAUAAACAGUAGCUCUCCUCCCAUUUCUCCUCCUCAAGCUUCUGCUUCAGAUGUAUACGACUACAAAUAUGGAGAUAUGUUCUUCUUCACUGUGAGAUUAGAUCCUGGCAGCCCUGAACUAAAUAAUCAAAGUCCAGUUUGUCCUGAACACAGUGAUGUAAAGAGAGAUGAGUCCAAUGGCCAAAUGAAUUGGAAGGACACCUCUUUGAGUCCUGAAUUUAAUGAUGAAGAUGAAUUUGAAUGCUCCAGUCCAAAGUCUGAAGACACGGAACAACGCAACCAGAUCACUAACGACGAGAUCACUAACGACGAGAUCACUAACGACGAGAACGAAGUGGAAGUGGAAAUCGCUAAACAUGAGGAAAUAUUAGUGUCCGAUUCUGAAAAGGUGGUUUUAGAUAUUCCUUGUCUUACAUUUAAUGAUUCAAACGCUUGCCAAAGUGUGCUUGAUUCAGAGUGGCAUGACCAAUGCAUGGAAAAUCCAGAUGUAGCUGAACCUGUUCCUGAUUCAUCCAUCCUGAACACGGAAAGCGAUCCACCAAAUUGUACAACUCAAGACGUCUUUUGUCUGUUUAGUAACACAGAAACAUCAGCUACUGACCAGUUUUAUGCCAAUAAACAACUCAGCCCUGAAUCCAGUAGUUCACAACACAAACCGUCAUCCUCUGAAGGCUUGGCCAUGAGUAAACUUGAACUCCAGUAUUUUGACCCGUUUAGUCCCAUACCUGCUGAGCCAGUCGAAGGCAUAUCUGAUUUAGAAGUAAUGAACGCUGUUAACUCGUUCUGUCAUGAAGCUCCAAGACUAGAUUCUGGUUAUCAUGAAGUUGGUUCUCCAACUCCUUUUAGUCCAGAACCUGUUGACAAAACCAAAUGUAGCAUUGAUCUUCAAGGCCCAGGCUUGGAAGCCAGGAAGCAGAGCAACUCUGAAAUCCACGUCCCUGAUCCAUUUAGCCCCGAAUCCGUCGAUACAGGGAUAUUUGACUCGGAAACGGAAAACUGUGAGUCUGGUUACACGUUUACGAUGUGUCAACUCUUAAGUCCUCAACCAGUUUACACAGCUUUAAAUAAUCUGGAGGAGAAGCAGAUAUCGUGUGACGCGCUAAGUGAUCAUCUCAGUGGAUCCGAACAUGAUGAUUGUUACCCCUUUGGUUCUUGUCCAUCUAAUGAAGAGAGCUAUGCUUAUAGUUGUGAAGAAAAACUCACUGGACCAAUCCGAGAAGUAUCUGAUGCUUCAGGAGAAUCCAAACCUUGCUCAACGGUGUCAAAUGCUAGUGAUUCCUCUCAAGUAUUUCACUGUGGUUCGGUGUGGGGAACCUCUGAAAUGAGCUUUCCCGACUCUGAAGUGCUUGACCCAAUGAAAAACAACAUUUUUGAUUUUAAUACAAUGGAUGUUGGCUCAUUUGUGUCCAUUGAAAGCCAAGAAGCCGAAGAGGCUCAACACGGUGCUGGAAAAGUGACGAAAAACGCCGAUCUGGUUGAAAUUGACUAUUUCUGUUCUGAGCUCAGUAAAAUGGUAUCCUCAAGUUCUUCUGAUUCUGUUCAGCAGAGCGUUGCUGAGAUGUUAUUCGGCGCUGAUCCCGACACCUCAAGCUUUUACCCCUGGGAUUUUGAAAAGCCGCAACACAGUUGUUAGUUUUCACACCCCAUGUGCUUUAAUCAUUCUCAUUAACUCACAGUUGUGUUUUCCCCUGACUUUCCAUUGUUACAUGUGGAAAAUAGAAACUAAUUGUCUAAGUUUAAACAUUUGUAAAUGUCAAAGAGUGUCUAAACUAAUUGUGAUUCACUUUUGUAGCUGCGUUUCUAACUGUUGUAGUCUUUCCAUUAUUUUAUUUAUUUAAAAAUAUAACCAAAUACUAACUGCUGAUAUGUAGCAUAAUAAAUAUGUAACAUUUUAAACUUCCUCUGCUGGACUUUGGAGUUAUGUCCAUUCAACAUGAAUGCUGAGAUUAUUUUCAUUAAUGCAUUUGGAAGAAACAUUAUUCAUAUGCAGUGCAUGUAUCUUAUAUGUGUGUACAGAUAGCAAGUGACAUUUAUCAACAAAUGGACAGAUGUGGAACAAAACAAGACCUCCAAGUUAUUAUUAUUUUUUUAUUAUUAUUAUAUGUCUUAGAUCUAAUAUUUUAUUUACUCUAUGUGCAAAUUUUACUGAGAUAUUUGUUUGUUGUGCUCAAGCAACUGCACCUUAAGAUGAUAUCCCCGAAAACUCAUGAAGAAACAUUGUUGCAUGAUUAACAUUAAAAAUCACUCAUGCUUACCGUAUUACUAACCUUCAAACAGAUCAACAAAAAAUGCAUUUUCAUUAAAUGUUAUGCAUAAGGCAGAGGAUGUAAUUUUGCCAUUUACAGUGUGAGAGCUUACCAUGACUAAUAAAUGAGCUAACUCUAAUCUGAAAAGAUCGCUCUUAUAUUCAGUCAUACAGUAACAACAUUUUAUCAAAACAACUACAGUAAGACUGCACAAUAUGCACUACAGUAGUAUAAAGGACCUUACUAUGUACAUUAAAGCUAGGGUAGGCAGUUCAUGCUCUACUGGUGACAAAAAUAAAGCAUGUUUUCAAACAAACUUUGCAAAAACAAAGUGUUUACCAUUGAUUUGGUUGUCUGUGACUGUACAUUUUGACAAGUGCAUUUGAAUGUCUCUCAUCUGAGACAACCUCAUCAGUUCUUGGAGUCUCUACAACCAAACUGUUGAGCUGUAUCAGGUGUGUUUGAUUAGAGGACAUACAAACUGAGUACUUCAGUUCCAGGAUUGGAGUCACUGCUUCAGAAAACAAAGCAGGUUUAGAAGAGAUAUCGACGGCUGUACAUGUCAAAACUCUUUAAAACAUGUUGCAUUGCUACUGAAUUAAAUUAUAUUUAAAACACUAAACUAAAAGACAUAUCUUUUUAAUGCAAUGGUGGUUAAAGCAAAUGUUUGUUUACAUAUCACAAUGAUAAUAAUGUGACUAUCUGUUAUAAAUGUGAUCAUGUAUCAGAUCAUGUGAUCAUGUACUUACGAAAUAGUACAAAAAAAGCUAAUAAAAUUGUACCUCAUUUUA